AAGGGCAAGAGAAUACCCCUAUUAUGAAAUUUCAAUCUAAUAAUAAUUAAUGACAAAUAAAUAUAUUAAACUAUAACCGCCCUAAUAUUUCGAUUGUAUAAGCUGCUUUGUGAACAUAUGGUCACCGUCGUUAAAAGUAUCGAUAAAAGAAAAUCCAUUCAUCGAAAUAUUAACAAUUCUAUUAUUUUUGGUUUACUUUCCUCGUGUUGUUCAACGACUCAAUAAGGAAAUCAAAAUAAAAAAUGGGCGCGUUAGCAGAAGUUGCUGGUGAUGAAAAUAGCGGCGAAGGCUCACGCACAUUUGUGUUUCAAAACGAGGGACAUACUUUAGGCAAUGCUCUAAAAACGAUCAUUAGCAGAUAUCCGGAUGUUGAAUUUUGCGGUUACACUAUUCCUCAUCCAACUGAAAGCAAAAUGCAUUUUCGGAUACAAUCUAAUCAAAACAGAGCUAUCGACAUUUUAAAACGAGGCUUAGAUGAUUUAGAAUCUCUUUGUGAUCAUACUAUCAGCACGUUCGAGUCAGAAGUUAAAACGUAUAUUGAAACAAAUAAUAAGCCUGCGGUAAUAUAAUA